UGUAAGUAAUCGAAAGAGCAAAGAUCAAAGUAUUCCAAUUAGUGUAGCAUGAAAGACACACCGUGUGUGUCAUGUACUCUUUAUCAAAUGCAACGUACAUAUUCUUGGUGAAAAUACAAGAGAAGCAGACCAGAACGGAUCAGAAAUAGGUGAUGAAUGGGUCACGAAUGGAUUAUGAAUGAGUCGAUCAAUGGAUCGUGAAUGGGUUGUAGGAUUGUAAAUGAGUAAAACCAAUUGCAAAAAAAUUGUAAGUGCUUCAAGCUGUGAAAGUCAGCUACUUGGCGAUUGAAAAUUUUUACAUCUUUUAGUCGAAACGUGUUCCUACAUUUGGAUGACAAUUGACCCGGCCUUGUCAAUCGAUAUUCCGAUAAAUUUCUAGAAUACAGAGAUAAAUAUAACAGAACUAAACCAAGAAUUCCUCUGAGUUUCACAAGAUUUUGUUCACCGAAUAGCGGUUUCUAUCACGUUGAUUUUCCAUGCUCAAAGAGUAACUAAUGAAACGAGUCCAGCGUUUUAAUCAAGAUGGAUAUUUAUGUUUUUGUUUGAAUUGACGAAAACAAUGAAAUCUGAUCGUUGCAUAAACUUUGAUUGAGUUUAUCGUUUCAAAACUCGAAUUACAUGUUGAUUAACGUUCGAUGAAGCAAGAUACAGGAGAGGAUGCCUCGUUUGUACAACUUCAUCCGACCGCAGAAAACGUUGCGCAACUCUAGAAAAGUAAUAACAACCGGGCCCGAGGUAUUCGACGAUAUUUGCAAUUGAAGUAGAUUGCGUGUAACUGCUAUGUAAUAGAUUAAUUGGUACGGAUAGUUCGUUGCCGAUCGGUAGGUUCGUCAAAACGCAUCGGCAGUUGUCUAAAUCUUAGGAUGAAGAACGCGGUUCUGACAAUUCUCUUUUACUCGUGCCUCAAGUUUUUCACGGAAGUGCGUUCCAGUGCGAGCUCUUCUUUGGACAUGAAAAACUCCAGUCUGAAGUCGAGAAUAGUGCUACCACAGCAUUAUGUAAAAGAGAUCAGGCCCCCAUCGAGACAAGGUAUGCCAGUGAUAGUGGACUUCAAUAUAUUCGUAGCUGAUAUCAACUCGAUAAACGUAGAGGAUAUGGAUUUUCGAGUGGAUAUGUUCGUUCGCCAGAGUUGGAUAGAGACUCGACUCGAUAUGCCAGAGGACAUCUUCGAAGAGGGUGACGAUUACGUGACUCUGCCUCCUGAGUUCUUCGACAAUCUCUGGCAGCCAGAUCCUUAUUUCCUGAAUGCAAAAGUUUCUGAAAUUGCCGCUCUGAAUCACAAGUUCUCCUCGGUUACAUUAUACAGAAACAAGACGGUGAAGUAUUCGGCUCGAAUGCACGCCAUCAUCGCUUGCCAAAUGGAAUUUCAGCUCUACCCAAUGGACAUUCAAACGUGUCCUAUCUACAUAGAAAGUUUUUCCUAUCACAAACAGAAGCUACGCUUGAGAUGGGGAGUAGGUGGUGUCACGGUGAAUCCGGAAAUGAAGCUAUUGCAAUACGAUAUUGGGAAGCCUAUUAUUGCCGAAGAAACCACUGACUAUAUGGUCGAGAAAAACGGAAACUUUUCUCGACUGGUAGUUUACUUUCGUUUCGAGAGGCAAAUUGGUCAUCACUUGAUACAGACAUUCGCUCCAUCAACUCUGGUGGUAAUGUUGUCUUGGUUCAGCUUCUGGUUGGGUCUGGAUGCAAUUCCUGGACGAGUAGCUCUACUGGUGACCAGCAUGCUCACUCUAGUCACUAUGUUUACUGGUCUCAAAAGUGACAUUCCUCCAGUUGCUUAUGUCAAGGCAUUGGAUGUUUGGAUGGCGGGUUGUAUGAUGUUUGUAUUUGCUGCACUUGGUGAAUUUGUGGUGGUUAAAGUGCUUGAUUUGCAGAACCAAUUGGAAUACGAUCUUCAAACGUCAAUAUUGUCUCGGCAUUAUUCAACACGAAUAAUUGCCAUGGAAAAAGGCCAAAGCAUCUGGGACUACGAUGCAUCGUAUAUGCCAAAUACAAGAAAUAAAAGAGCAGGUAGUAAACAUCUUUUACAAAAUGCGUGGCUAGAUCAUGAAUACCCGAUAAUACGUAUGUACAAAACGCGAUCACAAAAGAUUGACACUUAUAGUAGAAUAGGUUUCCCUAUAUUAUUUAUGCUGUUCAUCGUUUUAUAUUGGCCAAUACUAUUGCUUAAGAAAGCAGCGUAAGUCUUCUGAUGUAUAAUAAAAAUGUAUAAAUUAUUAGCAAAGUUCACCGAUCGAAUUAUUGUAUUUCACUGCACUGAAAUACGUUAUAGCAUGUUUUAA